AUGGGAAGCUGCAGCAAAUGUGCCGAACCGGACAACGAGGAAAUGGUUGCCUGCGACGAUUGUGGGGCAUGGUUCUAUUUCGGUUGCGUGAGCGAAUCACCCGGUGUGGAACACCGUGAGUUCCGAUGCUCGGAAUGCGCCGCUAAGAGGGAGAAAAAGGGGAAAAAGUCUGGCAAGAAAUCCACUGCCGGAACUCUUCCGAAACCCUUACCUCUUCAGGCGAAUCCCAGCAAUCAAGCGCCCACCGGAAGCAAAAAUUCACCAUCGAAUCAUGAAAUCAUCGCCGAUCCGGAAUACACCCGAGCAAGACAACCAGAUGACGGCAAAUCGAUUGCGUCAAAAAGCAGCAAACGAUCCACUUCGCGAUUGGAGCUGGAAAUGCGUCGGAUGGAAGAGGAGUUUGCGAUGAAGGAACAGCAGUUUGAGGCGGAAAAGAUUCUCAGCGAGAGGCGUAUGGAACUCGAGCAGCGGCUAGCGCAGAAACGCUUCCAACAGGAAAAAGAACUGCAAGAAAAACGACUGGCGCAGGAAAAGGCGAUGUUCGAAAGGCAGCUUGCUGAAGAAAUCGAUUUCCAACAGAAGCAGCGCGCCCUGCAGGAAAAAUUUCAGCGUGACCGCUACCAACUGGCGGUAAAAGAACUAGGAAGCGACGAUGGUGCAGUUGGUGGAGAGCCGAACGAUGUUUCUGAACACGAAAGCCGAAAAAAAGUGAACGAUUGGCUCAUUCACCGCAUCGAUCCAGAACCGAGGCUGAAAGAUCUCAACGAGUUCGAAACCGAAGACCAGGAGCACCAUCAAUCAACUCCCAUCCAAGAGAUGCGUCGCGUGAGCCCUAUCCUUCUGUGGCAACCGGGCAAUCGUGAAUAUCAUCUGCAAGAACCAGGUUUGGGAACCAGCCGAAGACAUGAGGAGGUUUCGUCAACGUCGACAAACAGCUCUCGAGACGGGUCGGGGCCCACCAGGGCACAACGAGCCGCCCGUCAGGUCCUGUCCAAGAAGCUACCGAUUUUCACCGGAAGGAGCGAAGAAUGGCCGCUGUUCUACAGUAGCUACACCAACUCGACAGAAGCCUGCGGAUUCACUAACGUCGAGAACCUCGUCCGCCUGCAAGAGUGCCUUAAGGGACCGGCACUGGAAUCCGUCCGUAGUCGGCUACUCUUGCCAAACUCCGUACCGCAGGUGAUCGAAACGCUCCGCAUGUUGUACGGAAGACCCGAGCAGCUGAUUCAUACGCUACUGAACAAAGUGCGAAAAGCAGAUGCACCGAAAAGCGAUCGACUAGAAACUUAUAUUCCUUUCGGGAUGGCGGUUCAAGAAUUAUGUGACCAUUUGGAAGCGGCUAACCUACAUGAUCAUUUGGUCAACCCGAUCCUGAUUCAGGAACUGGUCGAUAAACUCCCGGCCGCAACAAAGCGUGAGUGGGUGCAGUGUCGGAGACUGACUGAUCGAGUGACGCUCCGCACAUUCGCGGAUUUUGCAUCAAACAUCGUAGCGGAAGCCAGCGAAGUUAUUCUUGUCGUCGAUUCAAAAGGAACAGCAUCUACCAAAGUAGAAAAGUCAAGGCCAAAGGAAAAGGGAUUUGUAUACGCACACAGCAGUGCCAGCAACGUAACCGUGAAACCCCAAUUAGUCUGUUCGAUCUGUAGGAAGGAUGGACAUCGGGUCAGGAACUGUGACAUCUUUCGAAGUUUGAAUUUGACCGAGCGGCUGAAGAAGAAAGAAGAGCACAAACUGUGUGAACGGUGCCUGAACGAGCACGGAGGCUGGUGCAAAUUCAAAAUAACUUGCAAUAUUGGAAACUGUCGAGAACACCAUCAUCCUUUGGUGCACCGGAACGUAACAGCCAAUCCAAGAGAAACAAUACCAACUAUUGUCGGACAACACCACGCCCAUACGUCCAAGCAGCAUUCCGUGAUAUUCCGGAUUGUACCGAUUGUACUACACUUCAAGCAACGAUCGAUAUCAACUUCCGCCUAUUUGGACGAAGGUUCGUCGAUGACGCUCAUCGAGGAGAGCCUCGUAGCUAGCCUCCACGCUAACGGUCAACCACAACCACUUACGCUGCAGUGGACAGGAAACAUCGUCCGACAAGAACCUAGUUCUGUUUGCUUGUCACUACAGGUAUCAGAUGGCACAUCGGGAGAGCGAUUAGACCUGAACGAGGCACGAACCGUAAAAAGGCUGUACCUUCCGAAACAGCGCAUAAACUUCGAGGAAAUUACCAGUCAGUAUCCGCACCUUCACGGCUUGUACACAGCAAAUCAAAACGGAGAGGAACCGAAGAUUCUGAUCGGACUCAACAACGUCCAUCUUUUGGCACCUUUGGAAUCAAGAAUUGGCAAAACCAACGAACCUAUUGCGGUCAGAUCCCACCUUGGUUGGACCAUCUACGGACCUAGGGGAGCCUCACACAUUGAAGGCUUCCUGGGUUGUCAUCGGGAACUAUCGAACCAGGAACUGCAUGACAUGAUGCGCGGCUACUUCGCCGCCGAAGACGCUGGAGUCACUGUGAGUGAACUUCCGGAGUCGGAUGAAAUUCGCCGAGCUAGAGACCUGCUACAGAGAACAACCGUACGAGUAAAUGGCCGUUUUGAGACUGGAUUACUAUUCAAGUGGGACGAUUUUGAACUGCCGGACAGCUACCCGAUGGCGCUCAAGAGGAUGGAGGGUCUCGAGCGACGGCUGAAAAAGGAUCCCAUACUCGAACAAGCUGUACGCCAAAAAAUCGUGGAAUAUCAAGCGAAGCAGUACGCCCAUCAGUUGACGGAUGAAGAAAUGUUGUUGGCGAAUCCCAAGAAGGUUUGGUACCUCCCUCUCGGCGUUGUUGUCCAUCCAAACAAACCUGGCAAGAUACGUCUGGUCCUGGACGCGGCGGCUCAAGUGAACGGAACGUCGCUAAACUCCAUUCUACUUACCGGACCGGAUCUUUUAACUUCGUUGCCAGCUAUCAUUCAACAAUUUCGGGAACGACCGGUGGCUUUCAAGGCGGACAUACGCGAAAUGUUCCACCAAUACCGGAUUCGGGAAGCUGAUAAGCACGUAUUGCGUUUCCUUUUUCGAACAGACCCUACCACCAAGCCAGACGUGUACGUUAUGGAUGUGGGUACCUUUGGUGCAGCCUGCUCACCGACGUCUGCCCAAUAUGUGAAAAAUCUGAAUGCGUCUCAACACGCUGAUCAAUUCCCGGACGCUGCGAAGGCUAUUAUUCGUCGGCAUUACGUUGACGAUUAUCUUGACAGUGCCGAUACUCCUGAGGAAGCCAUCAACCGAGCGAAGCAGGUCCGCUACGUGCACUCACAAGCUGGAUUCGAGCUGCAUAGCUGGGUUUCGAAUGAUAAAUCGUUUAUUCGAGCCCUGGGAGGAAAAGAAGACGACGAACGAGUGCCGCUGCAACCAGAGGAUGACAAAACAAGAGAACGCGUUCUGGGAAUUAUCUGGUGUCCCCACGAAGACAUCUUUACUUUCUCGACCAAUCUGCGGAAGGACUUGUCACCGUUUUUAAAUGACGAUCAGCGACCGACGAAGCGGAUAGCCCUCCGCUGUGUAAUGAGCCUUUUCGACCCACUCGGAUUUCUUUCUCCGUUCACAAUACAUGGCAAGAUCCUUCUCCAAAGUCUGUGGCGUACCGGGUGUGAUUGGGAUGAGAAAAUCGAUGACGAAAGCUAUACACGUUGGUCGCAGUGGAGAAAUAAACUGUCGCUGAUUGAAGAGGUGAAAAUUCCCCGUUGCUAUCUGCAAAAUGCUCCACCGAAGGCUUAUGAGUCGCUACAACUUCAUGUUUUCGUCGACGCCAGCGAGCAGGCGUAUGGUGCUGUAGCCUUCUUCCGGAUCGAAACCGACGAAGGUCCACGAUGCUCACUAGUAAUGGCGCGAACGAAAGUGGCUCCACUGAAGCAGUUAUCCAUCCCUCGCAUGGAACUAAUGGGUGCGGUACUCGGAACAAGAUUGCUAAAAUUGGUUGAAGAUAGUCAUGAGCUGAAGGUAACGAGGCGUUUGCUCUGGACCGAUUCGCAAAAUGUGCUGUCAUGGAUUCGAUCCGAUCAACGGAAGUACAAACCGUUUGUCGCAUUCAGGAUUGGCGAGAUUCUACAAGAGACGAAGAUCGACGAGUGGCGCUGGGUGCCCUCGAAGGCUAACGUGGCAGAUACACUCACCAAGUGGGGCAGAGGUCCCUGUCUGGACCCAGAAGGGCCCUGGUUCAACGGACCCGAUUUUCUCCAGCAACCAGAGGAGAUGUGGCCUACGCAGAAAACACCAACACCAAACACGACAAUCGAGCUUCGAGCGUGCCACAUGUUCCACACUUUCAAGACUAACGAACCUAUCAUCGAUGUAAGUCGGUUCUCACGGUGGAAUGUUCUCCUACGGACGAUAUGUUGCGUUUACAGAUUUAUCUCCAAUUGUCGUCGCCGCAUUGCUCGAGCACCCAUCGAGGUUAUUCCGGACGCCACCGAACGAUUGAAGAGAUUGGUGAUCCGUGACGUCGAAUGUACCUUAGUUCCUUUGAAGCAGGAAGAAUACGAAGCAGCCGAGAUCCUGUUGUGGAAAAUUGCUCAAAGAGAGUCGUUUUCAUGUGAAAUAGUUAUCACAUCGAAGAACCGUCAGCUGACGUCAGAAAACUGGAUUUCGAUUGAGAAACACAGUGCCAUCUAUCAUUGUAAGCCGUUCCUGGACGAUUGUGACGUGUUGCGAAUGGAUGGCAGGACAAAAUUUGCUGAAUUCAUCCCCUACGAUACGAGAUUCCCCAUCAUUCUACCAAGAGCCCACGAAAUCACCAAUCUACUGCUAGCUGACUAUCAUCGGCGUUUUGCACACGCUAACCGGGAGACCACGUUCAACGAAGUUCGACAACGUUUUUAUAUCCCUAAGUUGAGGAGCUGUGUGAAGCGGUCGAUGGAUAAUUGUCAAUGGUGCAAAGUUAAAAGGAGCCGACCGCACGUACCUACGAUGGCACCCGUACCAAUUGAACGAGUGACGCCUUUUCUGAGACCCUUCAGUCAUGUAGGUGUCGACUAUUUUGGACCGAUUGAGGUAAUCGUGGGACGCCGGGUCGAGAAACGGUGGGUUGUACUGUUUACGUGCCUGACGAUCCGGGCAGUGCACCUGGAAGUGGCACACAAGCUGAAUACUGACUCGUGUAUCAAGGCAAUUCGGAGAUUCGUGCUGCGCAGAGGCCCACCAAUUGUCAUCUUCUCCGACAACGGCACCAACUUGAAAGCAGCCAACAAGGAACUUCAAGAGCAGAUUCGUCGGAUCGGAACAGCCUGCGCUAACGUGUUCACCAAUGCCAAGACGCGCUGGUGCUUCAAUCCGCCUUCUGCACCUCAUAUGGGGGGCAUAUGGGAGCGGAUGGUACGAACGGUCAAGACUACAAUGGCAACACUGAAUGCGGAACACCGAAUGAGCGAUGAAAUACUUUUGACCGUUAUUGCUGAGGCCGAAGAGAUCGUCAACUGCAGACCGUUGGUUUAUAUACCCCAAGACUCAUCGGACGCUGAAGCGCUUACGCCGAACCAUUUUUUGCGUGGCACGGUAACCGAGCUGAAGGAUCUUCGCAUAGCGCCAACAGGUCUGGCAGAGGCACUUCGAAGCACCUACCAGAGGUCCCAGUACAUCGCCGACGAACUAUGGAAGCGGUGGCUAAAGGAAUAUGUGCCGUCCUUGAACGUGAGUACCAAAUGGUUAGAAGAUUCAAGACCGCUGAAACCAGGUGAUUUAGUGUUCAUCACGGAUGAUCAAAACCGCAACGGAUGGGUCCGGGGGCAAGUAGCUGAAGUCAUCGUUGGAAAAGACGGCCGUGUUCGACAGGCGGUGGUUCGCACUUCCAGUGGACUGUUUCGGCGACCGGUGGCUAAACUCGCAGUCAUAGAGAUUGAGGCUAUUGGUAAAUCUGUCCAGGAAGCAGGUUCUGGACCAGGUUUACGGGUCGGGGAAAUGUUAAAACCACUGGGCACAGAGGAAAAAAUCCCUUCAACUGGCCUCCCUGGACGGACGUAA